AUGUCAUCUGUUCCCAUAACUGUCUCUUAUAAUUCAGCUACUGGAAACUAUGCUUUAAGUGGGAUUCCACUUACAGAUGUUGUAGAUCAGAGAAUAACGGGCGCGGAUAACACAAAAUUCAUGACCAAAAAUUUGAGCAGAAAAUAA